GUUAGCUUCUGACCAACCGCUGUUUUCUGAAAAUGUCCGACAUUUUAUCGUUGAAAGAAUCAGUUCUGGUAUAUUUAGACAGAAGCGGUGGCCUUCAGUCACUGGAGGAAGACUGCAAGCCGUUCAACGACCCCCAACAGACUGAGGCAGUGUACAGGUUUUGUAUCAGUGUGAAUCCCUCCGAUGUGAUAGAGGUGGAUCCUGUAUUGGGGGACUGUGUUCUGCAUGAUCCCUUAAAGGCAACCGCACUGUUUCAGUCUGUUUGCUUCUUGGCCAUAAAGACACUUUCACUUGUUGAAAAAAUACACACAGAGAGUCAGGUUAAUGUAAUACUGAAGUUGACACACCUGCCUCCGUUCCCUGAGUACAUGUUGGACCUGUGUAGUUUUCCUCGUGGGUAUGGCCUGAUGAGACCGGUAUCCAUGGAGGGCCUGGUCAUCGCCAUGACGAGGGUCACGAAAUACACCCAGGGGGCCAGGUUCCUCUGCAUUAAUGACGACUGUCCCUGCUCUACAGGUUUUCACCACAUUCGUGUCCAUGCACCUGGAGCCACAGAGUCAGCUACUGUGAGAAACCACUUCAGCUGCAUGAUCUGCAGCUCCCCGCUGAAAGAAGAUGUAAAGUUUAGAGUGCUGGGAGACAAACAGCUUGUGGAGCUGAUCCAUGUGAAAGCACUGGAUGGUCUAAGUACCCAUCAACAGAGCUCACUCAGAUACCAGUCAGUCACCCUGUUUCUCAGAGAUGAGCUGUGUAACUCAAUGAGAAUCGGACGACUCUACAGGGUGUUAGGCAUUCCCGCGCAUGUGCACCAAUGGCCCAGCAUUACCUGGAGUGUAGAGGCAAACAGUGUCCGACCGUGGGAGCCAGAGUAUCCCCUUCAAGUCAGUGCCAGCUUCCAGGAGCUGUUGAAGGCCACCGCCGGUUCUCCCUGGAGGUUCUCUGCCAUUGUGGCUCAGUGCUUUGGGUCGGACGUGGCUCCUCCAGGCCUCUACAACACCUUGAAGCUGGGCUUGUUGCUGAGCUUGGUGCAGACUAGAGCAGAUGCAAAAGACAAAUUUAACAACUUGGAUCUCCUGGUUGCCGCCACUGACACUCUCAUAGUGGACAGACUAAUGACAUACAGCCUGAGCUUGGCGUGUCGUGGGGUCAGGCAUCAGGCCUCAGGGGAGAUGUUUGCAUCCAUGUCCCGGGACGAACACGGAGCAGGCACUGCUAACAUCCAUGCUGGCUCUGCCCUGCUAGCCACUGGUGGCAUUUGCAUGUUGGGAGAUCUGGGCUGUUACAAAAAGGACAGGUUGGAUGCCAUUCAGUCAGUUCUGGAGAGCUGCACGGUGUCUGUGUUCAUCCCAGGGAAGAAAUAUGGCGAGGAUGCCGACCAGCACCUUUCCUUCCCAGUCCAGUGCAGCUUCUGGGCCCUCACGGAUGCCUCUCGACGGUCUGGGAGGGCAGACUGUGCCAUACUGGGAACAGCAGAAAUGGGUCCCGUACCAGUUCAGCUGGCAGACGCCUUUGGCCUGGUCAUUCAGUGUAGGGACAUGGUGGGAGAGCAGACCCUACUGGCCCAGACCAUCCACACCCUCCAGCAGGCAGUACAGCUGCAACAACCUCUCCACUCAUCCUGCUGGGAGUUUUCUACUCAAGACUACCAGGAGCUAGUAGCUCUAGCACAGAGUCUGCAGGUGGAGCUUAGUCCUGGAGCAGAGAAAAUAAUCCACGGUUACUACAUGGCCAGCCGUAGAGCGCGAACACAGAGUCAGGUUGUCAAGAUGUCUGUGGCCUCAAUCAAACUACUGAUCUCUUUGGCGGAGGCCCACUGCAAGUUAUGUCUCAGAACGAGAGUACUGGAGGAAGAUGCUGUGAUUGCUGUGCUCCUCUGUGAAAACUCAGUCACUCUCAAGCAUGGGGCCUCUGCACUUGUUAUUCCACCAGAUGCAGCGUUUCCUUGUGACCUGGGAGAUGUGGGUGGUUUGCACAGGAGAGACGUGACCCUGGAUGAGCUCCACCAGACUAUCCUACGCUUCAUCUACACCUACGCACCGGGAGCAGACACAUACAUCACAGAGGAGUAA